GAGAGAGAGAGAGAGUAGGAAGAAAGAAAGAAAGAAAGAAAGAAAGAACGAAAGAAAGAAAGAAAGAAAAAGAAAGAGCUGUUCAGUGAGGGGUCCUGGGAGUGGGGCUCAGAGCAGGCAACGUCCAGUCUGGCAGGAAGCGUUGUGUGUUCUCGGAGACGUGCCUGGAGUGGCCAAACCAUGCUGAGUGCGGGGGAGAGAAACCCAGCGCUACUCCCAAGAUGAAGGCGGAGAGGCAGGCUUCCUCCAAAGAGGCAGGAGUUUUUUCACUUUUCCAGAAACUGUGCAUCCUCACCUUCUUCCUGGCAGUCGUCAGUGGAGUGAACAUCACCUGCCCAUCCUCUGUCAUAAGAGGUACCCUAGGUGGCUCGGCCCUACUCUCUGUCAGCUACACCAGCACCAGCUCAGACAGGCCCGUCAUCAAGUGGCAGUUGAAGAGGGACAAACCCGUCACUGUGGUGCAGUCUAUUGGCACUGAUAUCAUUGGAAACUUGCGGAGCGAGUACCGAGGCCGCAUCAUGCUCUUCGAAAACGGCUCACUGCUGCUCAACUACCUGCAGCUGUCAGAUGAGGGUGCCUACGAAGUGGAGAUCUCCAUCACUGAUGACACCUUUACCGGGGAGAAACACAUGAACCUCACUGUAGAUGUUCCUGUGUCCAGGCCAUUUGUGCACUUGGUGGCUUCCUCUGUGCUGGAGCUUACUGAGCACUUUACACUGAACUGCACUCAUGAAAGGGGCACAAAGCCUAUUUAUGGCUGGCUGAAGGGUGGGAAGCCUCUGACCAAUGACUCGCGUCUGCUACUGUCACAUGACCAGAAAGUUCUGACUAUCUCCAGGGUGCUGAUGUCAGACGAUGAUGUCUACACCUGCACUGUGGAGAACCCCAUCAGCAGCAUGAAGAGCAUGCCUGUCAGACUCACAGUCUACAGACGAAGUUCUCUCUAUAUCAUCCUCUCCACUGGUGGAAUUUUCUUGCUCAUAACCCUGGUGACGGUGUGUGCCUGCUGGAAGCCCUCCAAAAAAAAAAGGCAACAACCUGUCAUGCAGAGCAGGCAAAAUGUAGAGCAGAGCAAUGGCAAUCAUGAAGUUGCAGUUGAUAUUGUACCAGGAAGGAGCUACCAUAAUCGUAAAGGCCCAGGUGGUUUAUAUGUUCUGAAGGAAACAGACUUUGCUGAGGAACAAGAAGAAGAGCCGUGUAACUACAUCCACCCUUUGGAUCCACACAGUCCACCUUGCUAUCCCAGCAUGUUCUCCUCUCCAGAUGCAUAUACCUACUCAGGAAGAAGAUAUCCUCGCACCCCUGUUCCCUCUCCUCCCACAACCCCGACCACCACCAUGGCCAUGGCGCCUUCACCGCAUUUGCGAAGCUUAACACGAAAGCCCCACCCUUCGGCUGCAAGCCCCACCCCCUCACACACAGAGGAACAGUCGACUGUACACGAGACUAGUAUUCACAGCCGCAUUUAACCACCGAGUCAAAGCACACAGUUAGAUACAGAAAGAGAGAGAGAGAGAGAGAGGGAGAGAGGGGGGGAGAGAGAGAGAGAGAGAGAGAGAGGAUACGUCUGAAUGUGCAUGUUCAUGUGUAGCUGUCUGGGAAAACCGUUCACACUGUGCCAUUUUCUACUAUAUGAAUUUCUGAAAGCUACAUACUUUUCUGGACUGAAAUACAUUUCUUUUUUGUAUGUAUCUCUACCAAGAGUAAAGUUUUAGCCUUUUAAAUCUGGCUAUCCCCAAACGUGAAAACAGAGAAAGUCUAUUCUGACUUAACUGCAGCCGUUCUGACAGUCAGUAUCUGAAUUUAUUAGGCUUAUGCUUAUUUCAAUAUAGCAUGUUACUAUCCAACAACUUGAUAAAAGUGGGACAGUCACUGCAAGCCAUAUUCAGAGUUGAGUUAUGCACACAUAGUAAGGAUUUGUUUAAUACUAAAAUUGCACAUGUUGGUAUUCAGAAAUAAAACAUAACUAGUUACACAUGCAGGGUGGAGUUUGAGUAAUGCAGACUUAAGCCCGUUUUUCUUGCAUGACAUGAAGCAGUACAAAGAGGAGUAAAUCCAGCACCACUGUCUGGCCAUUUGAUAUAACCACAAUAUGCCACGCUGGAAUUUAUGUCUUGGGCUGUAAAUACAGUCAAAAAGCUACGGAAUGGCAUUUGAAACCAAUAUUAAUUGCAUAAAUAUGACACUAUUAAUUAAUUAAUAUUGUCAUCCCUUUAAAAUCCGCAAAAAGUUUUUUUGCAUGGAGGAGAAUGGAGGAUAAAGCAUCUUUAAUUAAAAAACCCUACUAUUGA